UACACUUGUAAUAAAAUUUCCUGAAAGAACUAUCGACAUCGAUGUAGUUCCUGUUUUAGCUUUUUCGCCUCGUAUUACUAUGCCACCAAAAUGUUCAAGACGUGACAUAUUACAAUCUGCUUCAGAGAAUAGACGUUGGUCUGCAGUUCCAAAACCAUUAGAUAACAGUAAAGGUUUUAAAGAUUCACAACAUCGCUAUUGGCGAUUGUGUUUUUACGAAUUUGAAAAAGACAUGAUUUGUAGUCAUGAUUAUGGGUCUAUAAAACCUGUAAUACGACAAUUAAAGAUGUUAGAAGAACUUCACGAUGCUCUUCACAAUGGAAAAAUAGAAUUCUAUUGGGACAACAAUUACAAUUUGCUGGAGAAAAUCGGACCUGUGGAAAUGGGAAAUAUGGAGUGUAGAUUAAAUAAUGUUUUAAAAAGUAUAAGAAAGAACAUAAAAAAUGAUGAUUAUGCAAUAGCUAAAUACGUUUUAACUAAAAAUGAAUUAGACAUUUUGAUACAUUCGGAACAUGUACCGGAACCGGAACCAGAACUCGAACUUGAAAAUCUAAAUCAAUGGAAUUGCGUGAUUGUUUGACCAAUUGAGAAAGAAAUCAGUAAUGUUACUAACGCAGCGUAUUAUAGCGA